AUGGUAACACCUCCAUCAAUAGUACCAGAAUGAUAUUUAUUACCUUUCUAUGCAAUAUUACGUAGUAUACCAGAUAAAUUAGGUGGAGUAUUAGCUAUGUUUGGUGCAAUAUUAGCAUUAUUAACAUUACCAUAUACAGAUAGAUCAAUAAUAAGAGGUAAUAGUUUUAAAAUAAUAUCUAAAGUAAUGUUUUGAUUAUUUGUAUUUAAUUUUAUAUUAUUAGGGAAUUUAGGACAAUUACAUGUAGAAGUACCAUAUAUACAAUUAGGACAAUAUGCAACAAUAUUAUAUUUCUUAUAUUAUAUAGCAAUAGUACCAAUAAUAUCAAUAUUAGAAAAUAUAUUAUAUUAUAUAGGAACAAAUAGAAAAUAUUCAAUAUGAGAUAAAAAGAUAUAA